AUGUCGCGUCGUAUGCAGAACAAGCCGCGUCCCAAACCACGCAUUCGUUCACAGGUCGCUGAACCAGCCCCACCCGAUCCAGCCCCUGCUGCAGAAGACCACCCACCCUCUGAUGAUGAAAAGAGUUCAGAAUGGCAUGCAUCUCGCCCGCCAUCCCCUCCACAGAGAACAGAUGACAUCUCGGAAGGCUCAGAGGCGACGGUCCGUCCUCUCAGGCCAGAACCUGCUAGUCGAUAUGCUAACCUCAAUUAUUGGAAAGCGAGGCGCGUGACGUUCUAUCGAAAUGGGGAUCCUUUUCAUCCCGGUGUGGAAUUCCGCUUCAAGCCCGGUAGAGAUCUGGUCUCAAUAGACGUCUUAUUAGAUAGAUUAUCUGAAAGGUUGGAGCUGCCGAGGGGUGCACGAUUCAUUUUUGGCAUGGAUGGUGACAGGAAGUACAGGCUUGAAGAGCUAGAGGAUGGUGCGUCCUACGUCGUCUCAUCUUACAAGACAUUCAAAGCAGCAAGUUACGGAAAGAAGAACGGGAUGUGGUAUGGCGGUACGAGCACAGCCAACAGCGGCUGGUCACGUGCAGGCACUCGCAAGCAAUCCGUAGCAGAGUCUGAUGCUCCGCCACCAGGGGGCGGCAAGCCUUCCAGUGGCCGGGUCAUCCGGAUCAUUAAUAAUAUGGACCACUCUAUACAGUGUCGAGUACUUUUAAAUCUGAGGACGACUCAACCCUUUGAAGAGGUCCUCGAAGAUUUGGGACAAGUGUUAAAAAUGAGUGGGGCUAAAAGAAUGUACACGGUGAAUGGACAAGAGGUACGAAGUUUCUCGCAAUUACGAAAUGAAUUUGCCGACGUCGAGACGUUUUACUUAGGCACUGUUAUUGUGCCGCCAUCUUUGAGUCCAGGUGUUGCAGCUCUACCUAUAGAAUCACCCAUCAGGAGAUCACGUUCAAGAGCCAACGUAGCAGCACUGCCAAUUACAGAAGAUACUCGUGGAAGACGAGCUCGCAGUAAGAGUAGACCAAGAAUACUGUAUGCACCCGAAGGAGAAAUUAUACGCAAUACCGAUUACACACUUUUGGAAGUUUUAAAGGAGGAGCCAAUUCGGGUAACAAUACGUGGGCUUCGACGAACAUUCUACCCGCCCAUUCACCACCCACCGAUUGACAAUUCACCCCCGGACAAGAAAUUACAACUGGAUUGGGUAUACGGAUACCGAGGAGCCGAUUCCAGAAAAAAUCUUUGGGUUCUUCCCACUGGAGAACUGUUAUACUAUGUCGCAGCUAUCGCAGUAAUGUAUGACAGGGACGAAGAAUCCCAAAGGCAUUAUAUGGGACACACAGAAGAUAUUCAAUGUAUGGAAUUACACCCGUCCCGAGAGCUCGUAGCUAGCGGACAACGAGCAGGUCGUGGUCGUCGUGCACAAGCUCAUGUGCGAAUAUGGAGUACUGAUACUUUGCAGACUUUACACGUCUUUGGGAUGGCGGAGUUUGAAGCUGGUGUGUCUGCGGUGGCCUUUUCUCAGCUGAAUGGAGGAAGCUACGUCAUGGCUGUAGACAGUGGUCGCGAGAGUAUUCUUUCCGUGUGGCAGUGGCAAUGGGGACAUCUUCUUGGGAAAGUUGCUACGCUGCAAGAGGAACUCAUGGGAGCAGCUUUUCAUCCACUGGAUGACAAUUUGCUAAUCACACACGGUAAAGGACAUCUUGCGUUUUGGAAUCGACGUAAAGACGGAUUCUUCGAACGGACAGACAUUAUCAAACCUCCCUCAAGAACUCACGUAACAGCUCUUCAAUUCGAACAAGAUGGCGAUGUUGUGACGGCCGAUAGUGAUGGUUUUAUCACAAUUUAUAGUGUCGAUAGUGAUGGAGCUUACUUUGUUCGAAUGGAAUUUGAGGCACAUAUAAAAGGCAUCAGCUCGUUAGUAAUGCUCUCAGAAGGUACUCUCAUUUCGGGAGGUGAAAGAGAUAGAAAGAUCGCAGCCUGGGACUCCCUGCAGAAUUACAAGAGGAUAACGGAAACAAAGCUUCCAGACACAGCGGGUGGGGUUCGAAGUAUCUACCCACAACGACCAGGCAGAAAUGAUGGCAACUUGUAUGUAGGGACAACUAGGAACAAUAUUAUGGAAGGAUCUUUACAACGGAGGUUUAAUCAAAUAGUCUUUGGACAUCACAAGCAGCUAAUGGGUGUUGCAGUUCACCCCGAUGACGAAAUGUUUGCUACCGCUGGGAAUGACAAGAGCAUAGCACUGUGGAAAGGGCAUAAACUUGUAUUUGCUACUCAGGUGGGUUAUGAAUGCGUAUCCCUAACCUGGCACUCGGGAGGUGGAGCUCUAGCAGCUGGUAGCACUGAGGGUCACCUAAUUGUAUUGAAUGCGGAUGCAGGUGCACCAGUUUGUACUGUCAGAGUCUGUGGCUCCCCACUCAACUGUUUGCAGUAUAAUACAGCUGGCGACGUUUUGGCAAUAGGCUCUCAAAACGGCAGUAUUUACUUGUUCCGCGUGUCCCGAGAUGGCUUUUCUUAUAAGAAGUGGAAUAAAAUUCGCGGAGCACAACCAUUAGUUCACCUCGACUGGAGUCUUGACGGGAACUACUUACAAACUGUUACAGCGGAUUACGAUUUAGCUUUUUGGGACAUCAAAGCCUUAUCACCAGAGAAGAGUCCAAUGGCCAUGAAAGAUGUUAAGUGGUCGACUUAUAACUCAACUGUUGGCUUCCUAGUAUCAGGAAUGUGGAACAAUCGUUUCUACCCGAUGACGUCAUUAAUAACUGCCUCGAGCAGAUCGUCUGCUCACGAUCUCCUUAUAAGCGGGGAUUCUGAUGGAUACCUACGUUUGUUCAGAUACCCGUGUGCUAGUGCAAAGGCGGAGUACAAUGAAGUCAAAGUGUAUUCAGGAGCUGUCCUUUCCUCUCGCUUUAUGUUCAACGACCGCUGUUUAGUGUCCUCUGGUGGUACCGAGGCUGCUUUGAUGUUAUGGGAGUUGGUAGAAGACUAGCGCCGACCUCGGGCACCUCCAGCCCUUAUAGUGGAACCGCCUACACCCUCGCCACAAGCAUUUCACGUUCUAGACUUCGACGAACUCGACUGAAACGUUUUCGAAUUUCAAACGGUGUUUGGAGUAUUUGAAAAUCUUUCUUCCGUCUGGAUCGACGUGUGUGAUUAAAGACCACUUUAUCGCAUAUUUUACGACGAUAAAUCUACGAUCGAAAACUACACAAGAACUUUGGUCGGAACAGGUCAUAUUGAAAAUGACUAAAAGUCGUAUUGUGUCUAAGAAUCGAAUUUCGAAAGUUGAAAUUGAAAGAAAUGCACUGAAGUUAGGCGAAUGGAUUUCGGAUUGAAGUAAUUUAACGAAGUUGACAAUGGCUGAAGAUGCAUAUUCGACUGCGUUACUUAAUGUGAGAUAGCAAGAGACUUCGAACCGAGAUUAUAGAAGAUGGAGGUGCCUAGACUUUUUAGAAUUGAAUUACCUACAGUUGGUUCUGGAUAGUUCAGGAAUCUUGUUUGAUAUCUGUAAAUACUUAUUCUAUUCGGGAUUUUUGUAACUUUCUACGUAUCUUCUAUGCAGUCAACUUAAUUCCAGGAAUCUGUGUUACUGUUAGUAAUAAAAGUAAUGAUUGUCCGCAUAAUUUUAUAUAUUUGUAGUGAAGCAAAAUGAAUAUGUGAUAGAAAUAUUGCAGAAUAUAAAUUUAUAUUUUUAUUUACAUAGAACAUUAAAUGAAACGGUUUCACUUUAAGUUUCGCUUAGCACGGCUUUGAGUUAUUAGGAUAUAAGAGUUAUAUAUUUAGAUAUAGGCACAGUAUUCACUGCCAUUCCUGUAUAAAUUAAUCACUAACGUAGACACACCACUAAUUUAUUGUAAAUUAUAUUUGUUCUUGUUCUAUGGUCAUUAAUCAUUCCCGAUUGGGAUUUGCACUAUAUUUAAGCAUGUUUAUUAAAUACUUGCAAAAGAAACCAGUCAAUUGAGCAUAUAAAAUGAGAGCACAAGACAAAAUAUUGCGUUUGAUUUUGAUUGAUCGUACGUAACGUAUAUCAACACAAAACAGACUAGGCGACUAGUAAUAUAAUAUCGUUAUAAGUUAAAUUAAUAGUAUCAAUAUAUAAUAUAACUUAUAAAGGCCAAUUGUAGUUUUUAGCCUGUUAUUGUUGUAGGCUAUCAUUUUACAUUCUCACUGCUUAGCUGUGUAAGUGGCCCACUUUCAAAUGUUUCUUAGUAUUGUGCUAGAAGGGCGAGAAGUAUGGAACGUACCUUAUAAUAAAAUUAUCAACUGGAUUCAAAAAGCAACAUUGAAUGAUUCAUAAAUUACAACUAUACUUUCUUUAUUUUUUUAAUCUAUUAAUAUUAAUCAUAAUAUGGUUUGAACGCGGCAAUCUCAGGAAAUACUAGUUAAAAAUGAUUAUUUAGUAUUCAUG